UCCGACCGAAGUUUACUGGGAGAAAGAAUUCAAAGGUAUCACCAAAGUAAUAAAUAAUGGAACCAUUGGAACUGAAGGCAUUACGGUUGCAAAUCCAUCACUUAUAUUGAUCCAUACCACAGAUUCGGAUGCAGGACUUUACAAAUGCUUUGCAGUCAAUGAAUUUGGAAUGGGUUAUAGUUCUUCAAUUAAACUCAACGUCAUUGGAGGUCUUCCUGAAGUUGAUGUUCCAUCUAUAACGCACCUUACAGGCAUUGGUUAUACAAUAACUCUUACUUGUUCUAUUAAAAAUGCCUUUCCAGCAAUUUCAAGGGUGUACUGGGAAAGAUAUGUACAUGGCUCAAUAACAAGACUUUCAUCUGCUUCGAUCGGAAUCAUGGGAGUCACCGUUGACAAUCCAUCGCUUAUCAUUCCAUUGGCAAUGGAAUCGAUGACUGGUGAAUAUACAUGUUUGGCAGUUAAUUCUGUCGGUACAGGAAGAAGCUUUCCUGCAAAAUUGACAGUUAAGGCAGGUGUUACACCAGAUACUAAAUCUGAGGAUAACGAAGACUACACUGACACAGUAGUUAAAGGAAUAAUAGGUGCGGUGAGUGCAGUAGCAGGAGUUGGGUCACUAGUUGUCGCUUACUUGGCUUACAAGCGCUCCAGAAAGCAGGAUGAUCAAAAGAGGAAAAAAUACAGAACUACGACAAAUGACAGUAGAAGUAUGCAUGGCACAAGUCCCAAGAACACUGCAAAAAAUGGAAAUGGAUCCAAAAAGGUGAUAAGUAGUUGUUAGCAGCAUUCAUGAAACCAUGGGACUCAACGAAACCAUGUAUUGGCUGACAAUAAAUAAUCUAUGUUGGUGUAAUUUAAUUCGAUUUGAAGUUUUUAAAACGAUGCAUGUAACAUUGCUCGUUUGUUUCAUUUAUUAAACUUAUACUGAAUUCUGAUUUAAUUUAUAUCUAACAGAGUAGAAUUUUACAUUUUAAAACAUCACCUAACAGUUAGUUCUGAUAUGCAUAUUGUAGAAACCGUAUACAUAAAUGUAGAGUACUUGAUAAAUGAGUUUUUGAGUGGUUUUAUCGUUUUCCUAUAUCUCAUCUUUCGAUGAUGUUGAUAAAUCAUCAAAAAUACUUUAACUUUUGUAUGUAUAUGUACUUAAUUAUUUUUUAGUUUAUUUUAGUAGUUCAUUGGUAGAUAGUAAUAAACACUUACAAACUC